AUGGAUAUUGUAGGUAAAUACUACCUUGUAGACUCUGGCUACGCGAACAACGAUUGUUUCUUGGCGCCGUACCGGGGGAGCACAUAUCACCUUCAAGAGUAUAGGGUAAGACGUGGUCGUCCUCGAACUCAGCGUGAGUUGUUCAAUUACACGCAUUUGUCUCUAAGAAAUGCUAUUGAGCGUAGUUUUGGUGUUUGGAAAGCAAGGUUCCGUAUACUCAAGUGCAUAAAUAAUUACCCAAUAGAUAAACAUAUACAAAUUCCUUUUGCUUGUGCUGUGCUUCACAAUUUCAUACAUAUGUACAACAAUAGCGAUGAGCUACUGAACCAAUACACAAGAGACGGAGUACCAGUAUUUGAAAUUGAUCCAGAGAAUGCAGAUCAAGAUGUUAAUCAGAAUCACAAUCCUGAUCGGGGAACAGAACAAAAUCACAACUCCACAAAUCGUAGACAAAUGAAUAUUUUGAGGGACGAGAUGGCUGCUAGCAUGUGGGGGGCAUUGGAAGCAUAUCGCAAUCGGUAG